AUGAUUUCUCCCCUCAAACCAGAGAUGGAAAGAGCUCUGAUUGAUAUGAUCGAUCGAUGGGCGAUCAAGUCUCCGGAUGCAAUUGCCGCUGAGUGGAAAGAGACAAGCUUGACAUUUGGCCAGCUGAGACGGGCCUCCAUCCGGGUCGCGUCCCUGCUCCACGAUGCCGGACUUGGACCACGGUCUCGAGUCCCCAUUCUGACCAAGAUGUCACUUGAAAUGCUUCCCGCGGUUGUGGGUGUAUUGAGGCUAGGAGCUUGCUACGCUCCCAUGGAUGUGGCUUCUUGGAGUCGGGACAGAGUCGAAGCUGCUCUUGAAGCGACUGCAGCGAAAACAGUACUCGCAACCACCAAAAUCGACUUGCCCGGAUACAAUGUCAUCACCAUAGGGCGUGAAAUCCUGGACUCGCCAGGUGUUUCUCCAUCCUUGGAGGAAUACCCAUAUCUCGUCAGCGCGCGACAAGAGCUGAAGCCCACGGAUUUGGUGUAUAUAAUAUUUACGUCUGGAACGACUGGGAAACCAAAAGGUGUCAUGGUCCCGCAAUCAUGUGUCGUGAAUCUCAUCAUACAGGACUACGAUGGUAUUCUGGUGAUAAAACCAGGGAAAAAGGUUCUGUUGCUAUUCUCGAUUGCUUUCGAUGGGAUUAUUUUUAAUUCGAUGUGCAACGGCGGAACAAUAAUAAUGGCCACUUCGGACGACUACACGGAGAAGGCCACCAGAUGUGAAGCCAUUAUCAUAACCCCGACGAUUCUUGCCACAAUGGACUCCCCCGAUCAAUAUCCUAACCUCAGAGAAAUUUGGAUGGGAGGCGAAGCGCCCAACGCAAACCUCAUCAAGCUCUGGUCCAGUCCAGCUUGUAAGAUUUACAACUGCUAUGGGCCAACCGAAUGCACGACGGCAAUCUCGAGCAUGGAAAUGCGCCCUGAUACCCCCAUAUUCAUUGGCGGCGUAAUUCCAGGAAUCGAGAUUGUCUUGCUCGAUGAGAAUCUAGAGGAGGCAGAGCAUGGAGAAAUCUGUAUCCGCGGUCCUUGUCUCGCAACUGGGUACCUCAACAAUGAGGUGCUGACCCGACAAAAGUUCAUUACAUGGAAGGGGCAGCGACACUAUCGUUCUGGUGAUCUGGCCAAGAAAAUUCCAGGAGGUUUUGCGUUUAUUGGCAGAAUUGACCUCCAGGUCAAGAAUCGAGGAUUUCUAAUCAAUCUCGAGACGGAAGUUGUCCCAGCCCUUCUGAGCUUCGCCGGUGUCCACUCCGCUGCUGCAAUCAUGCAUGAUUCGAGGUUGAUAGGGUUCGUCACUCCCUCGACAAUAUCUCCGCAAUUAUUGCGGAAGGAACUCAGAAAGAAAUGCGACUCGUUUAUUGUCCCAGACGUAGUUCUUCCCCUGGAAAGAUUGCCUAUCACGUCCAACCAAAAGAUCGACACUGCUGCUCUUAAAUCGAUCAUAACAGAGGAGACAACGACACACAAUGGGCUUUUUGAUCACUCCUCGACAUCAGAGCUAGUGAAAUACGGACUUUCAAAAGCCCUUGGGACACCAAUAUCCCAAAUCAACGAUGAUUCAUCAUUCUGGGAAUUAGGAGGAAAUUCUCUUUCGGCGGUGCGGCUUGCUUCUUUUUUGACCUUCCAUGGCCUGCGUAUUUCAGUCGGAGAUAUCUUUGUGCUCGACAAAGCAUCCAGCAUCCUUCAGAAAGUGGUUUCCAUGGAUGCACAGAAGCAAUUGAUUGUAUCCCCCUUAAGCGAACACGGGAGGGAUCCAGCAACUGCGGACUCAUUGCCCAUAUCUGAUAUUCAAUACCAGUUCAUAACCGAGACCCUUCAAAGUCCCGUUAAGAACAACUUGAUUUUGACUGUCACGGUUGAUAACGCAAGCGGGAAGCUAAGUAGCUCUGUAUUGCGCAAGGCAUGGGAGACUCUGUUUGAACGACAUUCUAUAUUGCGAACGACGUUUGAUUUGGAUGCAAAAACCCAGCUUGUUCAACCAGAAUUCAAGCUGAACUGGACGGAAAUCCACGUGUCUGACUCGGAGUUUGAUUCCACCAGUGAAGCGACACAAAAGACCCUGUGGGAUGAAAUACACAGCCCGAUUGAAUUCCCUUGGAAACCUUUGAAUUAUCUGAAAGUCCUCGAGGCUCCUGAGAAACCAAUCAGAAUAUUCUGGGUGAUACACCACAGUUUGUUUGAUGGAUGGUCCGUAGCAAUCCUACUCAAUGAGCUUGAAGUGAUUCUCGAUGAUGGCGACUUGCCAGCCGCGCCACAAUUCUCCGACGUUGUUCAUUUCCAAGGACAUAUGAAAGCCCAAAGCAGGUCUGAGAGUGACAUCUUUUGGAAGAAGUCCCUAGCAUCAUUGCAUGAUCUGAAACGCGUCAAUGUACCCAAGCCACUCAAUAUGCCAUCGCGAGAAACUCGUCAGGACUGGUUAAGAAAGAGCUUGGUGAUUGGCAUCUCGAAAUCAGAGCUGGACAAUUUCGCAUAUGAGCAACGCAUCUCCUCAUCUUCCCUGUUCCAUGCUGCCUGGUCCUUGGUUUUGUCCAAAUACACCGGCUCACCUAGUAUCGGCUACACUAGCAGUUUCUCGGGAAGAAGUCUUCCCCUGCCAUCAAUUGAGUAUAUCGUUGGACCGCUGAAUCAGCGAUGCCCAACUCUCACCACAGUUGACGAGACAGCGAGCCUAGAACAAUACUUGCGAGGUAUUCACCGUGAGGUUUACGAGCUGAGAGACUUUCAAUGGUCAUCUUAUGGGGUCGUGGAGAAGAUACUCGGUCAUGAAGACUACAAAUCGCUUCUCCCCAGCUCGAUUACUAUUUUCUUGGACAUGUCGCCCGACUUCGGUCGUUGGAAAGCACAGGACGAGCAGAGUCCAGUUAGGCCUCUUGAGCUGCGCAUUGAGCAGGACAGAGAGACUAUAAACGCGCAUAUGCGGUACGACUUUGCACUUUUCGAUGGAGAGGCGGUGCGUCAAAUCCUAGCGGAUUUAGACACGACAUUGAUGAAUAUCCUCAGUUUACCGCCGGAUGCUUCAGUGGCGUCAAUCAUAGACCCAAUAGCGUAUCACUAG